AAAAAUAAAAGGAGCUGCAACGCACCGUUUUGUAUCUGAAAGAAGGGUUUUUUCAUUUCGUUCGCAACCACCGGCCAUACUCACUGUUGUUCUCAAGGGAUUCGAUUCUCUCUGCACUCACUUCUAGGGUUUUCUCUGCGCUAUAAGCAAUCAUGGCGGAUGAAACACCAAAUGAGAUGAAGGAGGAGGUUCCAGAAAUUGUUCCUUUUGAUCCUACCAAGAAGAAGAAGAAGAAGAAAAUUACAAUUGUAGAUCCUGCUGAUGAACCUGUGGAGAAAUUGGCUGAGAAGACAGAAAACCUCUCAGUUUCCGAGGGGGUUGAGACUGCAUUUACUGGUUUGAAAAAGAAGAAGAAGAAGCCUGUUGAAAUGGGUAACUUGAAUGAUGAGAGUGGAGAUGCAAUUGAAGAUUUGGAUGAUCACCCUGAAGAUGAUGAAGGAGAAAUGGUUGUUCCCCAGGCUCGUUAUCCUUGGGAAGGGAGUGAUCGUAAUUAUGAAUAUGAGGAGCUGCUUGGCAGGGUGUUUAACAUUCUACGUGAAAAUAAUCCUGAACUUGCUGGAGAUCGGCGAAGGACAGUUAUGAGGCCUCCUCAAGUUCUUCGUGAGGGCACAAAGAAAACUGUGUUUGUCAAUUUUAUGGAUCUAUGCAAAACGAUGCAUCGGCAGCCAGACCAUGUCAUGGCCUUCUUGCUUGCUGAAUUGGGUACAAGUGGCUCCCUUGAUGGACAGCAGAGAUUGGUUGUAAAGGGAAGGUUUGCACCAAAGAACUUUGAAGGAAUUCUGCGACGAUAUGUUAAUGAAUAUGUUAUUUGCCUUGGGUGCAAGAGUCCGGAUACUAUACUUUCAAAGGAGAAUCGUCUCUUCUUUCUCCGGUGUGAGAAGUGUGGAUCAGGAAGAUCAGUUGCUCCAAUCAAGGCUGGUUUUGUUGCUCGUGUUGGCCGAAGGAACACAGGGACAUAGUCCUACUUUUGAUUUAUGUUAUUUGGCUGAGGAUGUGAACCUUUUCCUUAAAGUUUUGCAUAUUAUAUGAUGUCUCUCUUACUCUCCAAUUGAGUUUGUUGUAGUAAAUGUAUCUUUUGAGUCAAUAUUUUUAUAUCUUAUUUCUUUGCAAGUGAAAAUGAUGGUUACAUUAGGAAAUCCCGAAUUUUAGUUCCAUUUAAGCUUA